AUGUCAUUUGGACCAGCUGCUGCAAAGAGACUACAAGACAAAACCAUCCUAAUCACUGGUGCUUCUGCUGGUAUUGGUGAAGCUACUGCCAUUGAAUACGCCGAGGCUAGUAAUGGUCAAAUCAAAUUGGUGUUAACAGCUAGAAGAUUAGAAAAACUAGAAUCAUUGAAAUCUGAGCUUGAAUCCAAAUUUAGUGAAAUCAAAGUCUAUAUUGCUCAAUUAGAUGUUUCCCAAAUCGAAGAAAUUGGUAAAUUUUUUAAAGAAUUACCACAAGAAUUCUCGAAGAUUGAUAUCUUGAUCAAUAAUGCUGGUAAGGCUCAAGGUGUUGAUAAAAUUGGAACAAUUAGACAAGUUGAUAUCGAUACAAUGUUUCAAACUAACGUCAUUGGUAUGAUUGCUGUUACACAAGCUGUAUUACCAGGUAUGAAAGAAAGAAAUUCUGGUGAUAUUGUUCAAUUAGGUUCUAUUGCAGGUAGAGAUCCUUACCCAGGUGGUGGUAUCUACUGUGCAACAAAAGCUGCCCUUAGAUCAUUCACUCAUUCAUUGAGAAAAGAAUUGAUUGAUACCAAAAUAAGAAUCAUUGAAAUUGAUCCAGGUAAUGUUGAAACUGAAUUCUCCAAGAUAAGAUUCUUUGGAGAUGAAGAAAAGGCAAAGAAGGUUUAUGAAGGCACUGAACCAUUAGUUGCCAAAGAUAUUUCAGAUUUGAUCGUUUUCACAACAACAAGACGUGAAAACACUGUUAUUGCUGAGACUUUGGUAUUUGCCACCAACCAAGCCAGUGCCAGUCACCUUUACAGAGCCACCAAAUAG